AUGGAGAUAGGGAGGAUAACUCAGCUUAAUGCACUUGAUUUGAGCCAUAAUCAUCUUGUUGGAGAAAUACCCCCUUAUCUAGCCAAUUUGAAGAGCUUGGUAAGCUUAAAUCUUUCCCACAAUUGCCUCUUUGGCCGCAUUCCUGAAGAACUUGAAAGUUUGACUGGUUUGCAGGAUGUCGUGUUGUCAUACAAUGAGUUGGGAGGUCCAAUCCCUAAUAAUAAAGCUUUUAUCAAUGCUUCAUUGGAGGGCAAUAAAGGUCUUUACGACAAUGUAAUAGGACUCCAGCCUUGCGAAAGGCCAUCUUCUGUGGUGAAGAAGCAGUCAGUGGCGAAGAGACGUAAACUCAUCCUCAUCACUGUACUUCCUGUUAUGGGAGCACUAGUACUACUAUGUGCUUUCAUUGGUGUCCUCUUUAUGUGUGAUAAAAGAAGGAAAGUUAGAGACGUUGAAAGACGUGAUGAUGGUUGGAUUUCAAUAUCCAUGUUAGAUGGAAAGGCAUUGUGCAGAGAUAUCUUAAACGCCACAGAGGAGUUUGAUGCUACAUUUUGCAUCGGGCAAGGAGGGCAUGGAAGCGUUUACAAGGAUUGUUCACCAUCUAUUGUUCAUCGAGACAUAUCAAGCAGUAACGUUUUGCUUGAUUCUAAGUAUGAAGCUAGUGUUUCAAAUUUUGGCAUAGCUAAGCUUCUCAAGCCAGACUCAUCCAAUUGCACUGUGCUUGCAGGAACGUAUGGCUAUGUUGCACCUGAGCUUGCAUAUACAAUGAAGGUUACACAAAUGUGUGAUGUCUAUAGCUUUGGAGUAUUAGCAUUGGAUAUAAUCCAAGGAAAGCAUCUUGGGGAAUACAUUACUGUGCUAGCAAAUUCAUCGACUAGAGAUCAUGUGCAGCUUAACGAUUUGCUAGAUGAAUGGCUUCCGUAUCUUGAAGAUAGCGUAAAAGAGGUUUUGGUUUUUAUCAUCAAGCUAGCAAGUUCUUGUUUGCUUGAAACUCCAAAAUCAAGGCCAACAAUGCACUUCAUCUCUAAUAGGUUAUAA